UCCCGCUCCGUCGCCCCUUUCGAGCGCCGCGAUUCCCGCCCGAAAGCGAACAGGGAUUUCGACGUCUGGCCAAAAUCCACCCCCAGAAUCGCACGAAACGAAGGGUUGUUGUUUUUUUUUUUCCUGCGCGGGAUUUGGGGAGCCGCUGAGAAAAGAGAAACGGACCAAAAUGGUGAGGACUCGAGCUGAUGCUGGACCAACCAAGGUGUCUGCGGCCAAAGCACCAAGAAAGGUGUUUAGUGGCCCCAGUGGAGGUGCAGGAAGCUCCUUCUCAUCACCUGGAAGAGUGACCGGCAAAGAGAAAUACGCUGGAGGUAACAGUUACAACCCGCAGCCCACACCAGAAUGGCAGAAGGGAAUUGGGAGCUUCUUCAAAUGUGCUCCCAAACCCCAGGAAGGAGAAGGCAGCAGUAGCAGUUCCUCAGAAAGUAAGGAAACCAAGCCAGAAGCUGAGGCAGGGGAAGGUUCAUCAAAUUUCAGUAAGAAUGGAAUGAUAUCAGAUGAUGAUGCUGAGUAAGUUCAAAAAGAAGUCUCUAUGAUAUUUUAAAAUAGCUUCUGUGCUGUGUGUAAUAAAAACUUGAACAUUUGUCUGGAACAGACAUUGAUACACAAAUGUUUUUUGUUUUUAAGGAAGACACAUUGAGACUGAUAAUUGUCCUUAGAAAAGACUGUUGGUCUAUAUAUUAGUAACAUGAGCACAAUCUCAGUUGCUCAUAAAAAUAUAGAAUCAGUGUCAUUUUGUAAAACAAGUUACUUUUAUAAGAAUCAUGUAUUUAGUUUUUAGGUUGAAGUUUUAUAAUUAAAAGUUUAUACUUUU